AUGGAGAUUUAAUAAUAAUAACCAUAAUAAUUAUUCCAAGAUAAUCAUUUUUAAGUACUUGGCGGUUGGUCAAGUUUUUAAUAAUUAUUCAUAGCUAAGAUCUUCUAAAAAGGUUUGGUAAUGUAGAAUUACAUUCAUUUGGAGAAGCGACUAACAUAAGCGUUGAAAUUGCAGAAAGUUUACAAAGAGAAGGUAUAUCCUUAAAUUCAAUUUAAGCAUUGCGACAAUAAUUAAAAUUGA